UGUGAGAGCGGCGGGGUAAAUAUGGAGGAGAUUCAUGGAGGCAGCUGAGUUAUAAUUGUUCCGAACAGGUUUACUAUUUCAACUCAGGCACCAGCUGUGAACACGGAAGAAGAAUGACGGCGCGUUAAGAAGAUGCAGAGACGCACACCUGAGCCCUGUGUGAAAUCUGAGCAGUGACAUGAUACCAGAGCCCACAGCUGCAGCAGCAACCAGGUCCUCAGAGCGGAGUAAGAACACUCAUGAUGAGGCAAACUCCUCCCGUGCUGUCACUCAUUCAGAGGAUGAGUCGGGGAAUGAGAAUCGACGGAAGAAUGUGAGACGAAGGAAAAGAGCUCACGAAGGCUCAGAGAAUGUCAAAGGGAAAAAUGCCAAAGCCGGCUGCAGCAGUGAUAGCAGAGCGGGAGGCCGCCACAGUAAAUGGAGGCAUGUGGAGGCCGUCACCCUGUUUGAGGUGGUCACUAUGGGCAGGAAUGCCAUGCAGGCGGUCAUAGAUGAGUGGAUUGAGGCAUAUGUGUCAGACAGAGACUCCUCUCUCCUUGACCUCAUCAGCUUUUUCAUUCAGUGCUGUGGGUGCAAAGGCGUGGUCACAGCAGAGAUGUGUCAGAGCAAAGAGGACAGUGAUGUGAUGAGUAAGAUGGUCGAGGAGCUGGAUGAGGUUGCAAGUCUGCAGUAUAAAAAGUUUCUGGUUUUUCCGUGGAUCCUCACAGUCACAUGGCCCAUGGACACGGACAGUGCAGAGUAUCCUCUCGUACAGUCUGGCCCGUAUGGUCGCUGGUUUCACUCCGAGUUCUGUGACUUUGUGUCGGUGCUGGUGGCUCAGUGUCAGCACAGCGUCAUCUUUGAUGGGUACCUGAUGAACACACUGAUCUCGCUGCUCGCAGAGCUUUCAGACUCUUACAUACGAGCCUUUCGACACACUUGCGUGUUGGCAGCGGUGAAGACGUUGAGCUCUCUGGUGGGCGUGGCUCUGAGUCUGAGUGUUGGGGUUGAAAACAGUCAGAAACUGUACAAGGUGCAAAAGACGAAGACCUUGAGACAGAAAAGCACAGCACAGAGGAUGCAGAAGAAGAUCACAGAGCUGCAGGAGAAGAGGGUGGAGAUCGAAAACAUGAUGGAUAUUAUAUUCAAAGGUGUUUUUCUCAAGAGAUACAGGGAUGUGCUUCCAGAAAUCCGCUCCAUCUGUGUGGAGGAGCUGGGUUUGUGGAUGAAGCUCUACAGUUCUGUGUUUCUCAAUGAUACCUACCUCAAAUACAUGGGCUGGAUGAUGUACGACAAAAUUCCAGAUGUGCGUCUCAAGUGUGUGUCAGGUUUGCAGGGUUUGUAUGGAGACCCGCUGCUUCUCCCAAAACUUGACCUGUUCACCAGCCGUUUCAAGGAGCGGAUGAUCUCCAUGACCCUGGAUAAGGACAAUGAGGUGGCAGUACAGACCAUGAAACUUCUGGUUCUCAUUGCCAAAACGUGUGAUGAUGUGCUGAGUUCUGAGGACUACAAGCAUCUCCUCCAGUUUGUCUACUCCUCACAGCGACCGGUCGCUGCCGCUGCAGGGGAGCUGCUCUACUCAAGGUUGCUCAACACUGUGGCUCAUGCACACGAUACUCAGGAUGAAAUCAAUGAGGAGGAGGCUCAUAAACUACAAACUUGUUCCAGAGUGAAGGCUCUGCUGCAGUUCCACCAGGAAUCUCAGCUGCACGAACACGUGGUGUACCUGGUGGACAGUCUGUGGGACUGUGGUGGAGCUCUGCUGAAGGACUGGGCCACACUCACAUCGUUGCUCCUGCAGGACGCGUCCUCUCAUGGUGCAGGUCUUACACUGGCAGAACAAUCGGUGCUUGUAGAGAUCCUGGUGGCGUCAGUUCGUCAGGCCGCAGAGGGACCAGUUCUGGCCGGCAGGAGUGGAGCCAAAAAGGUCAUGAGUGCCAGAGAGAAGAAAAUCCAGAUUGAGGACUGUAUGAAACUCACGAAACAUCUCCUUCCUGUGCUUCCAGAUUUACUCUCCAAGUUUUCAAGCCAUGUGGAUGUUGUUGCCUCCCUGAUGAGGAUUCCACAGUUCUUCCUCCCUGAGUGUCCUGUGGCAGAAAACUCACAGGCAUUGUCCAGCCUGAUGGUAGAGAUGCGAGCUGUCUUGGACGUCCACUCGGGCUCGGCUGUUCUGGAGGCAGCUUCACGCACGUUUCUCAGUCUGUGUGGCGAGGAGACGAGCUGGUGCUCCACGACCCGCGGUGCCAGAGACUCUCUGGUCCAGAAGUGGGUGGAGCAACUGACGGUCCUGCUGCAAGAUGCUCUCAAGGACGACAGUUUCUCUGCUGAUGAGGAGAAAACUGGCGAGAUUUUAGCCACACUGAAGAAACUGAGAGCUUUCCACAACUGUCACGACCUUGCUCGCUGGAGUCUGUUUGAACUUCUCUCUCCUCUCCUGUCCGUGGAGAACAGCCAGAAAGGAGCUCCACCCGAGGUGCUGCUGGAAGCUCUGCAGUGUCUGUGUUUCUCCAUGCUCUGGUCUCUGAACAUGAGCGGGGAAACUCUCACCUCCAGAGAGAAGGCUGUGGACCAGCAGCUCCAGCUGCGUGUGUUCUGUGAGAGGAGUCAUCGCUGUCUGUCCCACUCUGACCACAGUGUACGACAGCAGGCUUUCCUUGGUGUGUGCGAUGUCCUGACGGCUCAUUCAAACCAGCUCAACGUGUGGAAUCCCACCUCCUGUGGUCCACUGGUCUACACGCUCAGUCCCAAACUGCAGAGGGCGCUAUCCACCUUUCUAUGUGUGCACGUCUUUGUUGGUCCAGACUGUGACAGCCAGAGCAGAGUCAGCGAACACUCUGAGGUGGAGCGGCUGGAGGACCUUCACAAACGCAGAAAUCUGCUCGCGGCCUUCUGCAAACUGAUAGUGCACGGCGUGCUGGAGAUGAGCACGGCUGCUGAAGUCUUCAUGUACUACAUGAAGUAUUACAACGACUUCGGAGACAUAAUCAAGGAGACGAUGUGCAGGGCCAGACAGAUAGAUAAGAUCGAGAGUUCUCGCACACUGGUGCUCUGUUUGCAGCAGCUGUUCGUGCGUCUAAAGAGGGAGCAGGAGCGCGGAGGUCAGGCUCACUCAGGAGUCCAGACCUUCACCAGCAUCAAGGAGCUGGCCAGGCGCUUUGCUCUCACCUUCACGGACCUCGUCAAGUUCCGCGAAUGCGUCGUCUUGAUCCACAGGACUGGCAUAGAGUUUGUGUUUCAAGAGUUUAGCCAGACUCCAGAGACGCUUACACCUCCUUACCUCUCCUACCUGACCAUCCUCAGUGAGUUCUCCAACAAACUGCUCAAACCCGACAAGAGGACAGUGUUCUCUUACCUGCAGAAACACACAUUGGAGCACGUUAUCAAUCUCAGAGAGGAGCGAUGGCAGCCACUCGUCUUCUAUCGUGCUUCUUUACUGGCCGUAGCUGAAGGGGAGGAUGCUGUGUCCUAUAUCAGCUCUGACAGGAAGCCCACCCGCUCGCCCUCCUCCAAACAAAAACCAGAAGGAAGCAAGUCUCCCUGUCCUUUCAGCCCCGCUGACUCCAGAGUUGGUAAAGGUCACAGACUGAAUUUCAGGCCAAGCCUUCAGGAGAGGACAACUGACGUGGAUCUGCUUUCUGUUCCACUGGAACCUCCCGUGAGACGACUUGACCUCGAGGGAUCCGUCCUUGGUAACAAUGGCAACGAGGUGGACGAUGAAACUGUGGAGAUAGAACUUUAAAUACGAGGAGUUUGGGGGGGGACACUGGUGCUCGUCCACGAACGGUAAAACCUCAAACUUGUGAGCGAUGGUUUUCGUGUACUGUAUAUUUUGUCUUCUGUGUCGGACCCACUUUUAUAUACAAGUCUCUAAAUGUGUUCUAUUUAAGCUUUAAGGAUAACUGUGGUGGUAUUCUUUCUGUCAGUUUUAUCCAAGUGGCCAAAACACUUAUUAUUCUGUGCAAAUCAACACUCUUUAAUUACAAUAGACAAUGUGUUUUUGUGUGUGUUCUGCCAUAAAUAUUUAUUGCAGCACCAAAUAUGGAUUAAUCCGCCUCUUGAAAAUAGUCCCUGGAAAUAACAUUUGCUAAGAACUUCAGAUGAAGAAACAACUUGUCCUUUUCCAAAUUAUACAGUAUAUAUGGGAUUCAUGUUUACAGACUUGUAUUACUGAGGUGCAAAUGGGCUUAGGUCUAAAGAGUAGCUGUCGUCUUUUCACAUGUUGUAUCAUAGAAAUAAGAGAAAUAUAUAAUCUUACUUUAGCUUUACUCAAAAUAAUGUUUUAAUAUAAGGGGAAACUGGAUCGUUAUGAGUUAACUUUUUUUUUCCCGCUUUACCGUCGACUGGUCCAACUGUUUUAUUUAUUUUUUUGGUUCACACUCAGGUUUAAGAUUGGUCUCUUGUCUAUUGAUGAGAAUCACUGUGUGCUACCUGCUUCUUUAUUAUUACUCCUUAUAGGAAAUGGCUGGUCUUUUUUUUUUUUUUACAUGCUCACUUAUCUAAACUCCUUGUACCAUAUCAUAUUAAAGAAGACAUUUUACAAAACGGGUUCUAUUAAUUCUGAUGUAUGUCGUUAUGAUUUGGAAUUAAAUGUGUGUACACUUGUGUGCAGCAUCAACAACAAA